UGGCGCUAGACACUACAUACGUGAUACUCGCCUUGUGUGGACUGUGUUUGCGUGAGUUACGAGGCGUAUACUCGCGACACGUCUGUCACAUAAUAAAUAUAAGAUUGACCACGGCAAAACUUCUAAUAGUAGUAACCUAUAAUAAUUCCGUGAAUUUUCACGCGGUUAUAAAUUUCCCUGUUCUCUAGAUUCGUCCGGUUCUACUGACAACUGAGCUAGCCUUCAGAUUUCUAGUUUAACGAGGAAUUUAAAGAAAGAAGAAAAUACAGGCGUAGUUGGAUACAUGGAAAAAAGAGACGAAGGGUGAAAGACGGCGGUUUUAUCCGUUUCUCUAUACAUAUCAGUAUUUGUCCAAAAAAUGGCCCAUCCGUUUGAUUGCAAUCCGCUUUCGUAUCUUAUCGCAAGACAAAUUGAUGACAAAGUAAAUCACUGUAAACGCCUCGUUAACGCUAGAUUCAAAAAUUCCGAAAAUCUCUUCAAAAAGGAUCUACUUUCUCAUUAUGGAUGCGUUAACGCGAUUGAAUUUUCAAAUCAGGGAGAUCUUCUUGUUUCCGGUGGUGAUGAUAGACGGGUUUUAUUAUGGAAAGUAGAACAAGCGAUACAAGAUGUGGGUAAACCUGUUGUAAUGAAAGCACAACACAUUAGUAAUAUCUUUUGCCUUGGUUACGACAGUAGUAAAACAAAGAUAUUUUCUGCUGGAAAUGAUGAUCAAGUUAUUGUUCAUGAUCUACGAACAGGGGAUGUUGUAGAUUUCUUUUUACAUGAGAAACCAGUCUAUGGAUUGUCGGUUCAUCCACACAAUGAUAAUGUGUUUGCAAGCGCCUGUGAUGAUGGGAGAGUUCUUAUUUAUGACAUACGGGGAUCCAGUGCUAUAGAAACUUUUUGUUUGGCACAAUACAAAACUGCUUUUCAUUCUGUAAUGUUUAAUCCUGUAGAACCUAGAAUGCUUGCUACUGCUAAUGCCAAAGAAGGUGUUAGUAUGUGGGAUGUACGAAAACCUUUGGAACCUAUAUUACGUUAUGGAAAUGAAAGCUCAGCACAGAGUUGCAUGAACGUUAGAUUCAAUGCAGCAGGUAACAGAUUAUUAGCUUUGAGAAGAAGAUUACCUCCUGUACUUUAUGCUGUUGAUUCUUCUACUCAUUUAUGUCAAUUUGAUCAUCCUGGGUAUUAUAACAGCUGCACAAUGAAAUCGUGUUGUUUUGCUGGAGAUAAUGAUGAAUAUGUUCUUUCUGGAUCGGAUGAUUUUAAUUUAUACAUGUGGAAAAUUCCCUCUGAAGAUGUGAAAUGGGUAAAUUCUGCACAUAUGGUGUUACGUGGUCAUAGAUCUAUUGUUAAUCAAGUGCGGUAUAAUCCAGCUAGUUGUAUUAUUGCUUCAUCUGGAGUUGAGAAAUUGAUUAAAAUCUGGAGUCCAUUUCCUCUUGGAAGUAAAUGUUUAGGUGGUUUAAAGAGAGAAGAUGGAAAACAAGAGAGACAACGUAGAGUAUUUACGCAUGAUGAAUAUAUUAGAUUAGUGUUAAGUAGUGGUCAAUUUAUGACGCAUGAUUAUAGCCAUCAGUCGACCAGGGAAGAUUCAAGAAUGAUGGCAUUCUUUGAUUCUUUGGUACAGCGUGAAGUUGAAGGAUGGAGUUCGGAAGACAUGUCGACAGCACCAAGAACACCCAGUGAUUCUGAAAGCAAUCCUACAGCUGGACGUUUUUACAGUGCCACCGAUUCCGAUGCAUCUGAUGAGUUGAUGUUAAAUAUGCUUGGAAUCGUAUCGUCACGCGCUCCUUCUGGAGGACCGUUGGAGUCUCCAAACCGUAUAACCCGACUUAUAGCGUAUCGCAGAGAAAAGCUCAUGAGACUUGCAACUGUGGAUUGCGGAACACCGGCAAAUAAUGCUUCCGCUGCCAUAUCAGAACCAUCCGUGUCAGGUUCAGCUAGUGAGGGGGACAAUGCACAAAUAAAGUGUAAAUCUAAAUUAAAAUCAAAAUUAAAAGGUGUGAAGAGAAAACAUGGUAAAGUUUCCGAAAGAAGAAGUAGGGCCAGAAGAAAAUGUGCAAUGUUACAAAUUAAUAGUGAUUCUGAUAGUGACGAACAACUUGUUGACACGACUCAGCCUAGUACCAGUUCUGGUGUAGUUUCUAGGAGAUCGCAGUAUGUUGUGAAUCCUAUUGAAAGUGACGUAAAACAUUCGAAUUACAGCAGUAGCAGUUCAGAAGAUAAUGACAGUUCUGGUAAGCGGAAAUAUGCAAAAAUUGAUUCCGACACUUCCUCGAAAGUACACAGAAGAAAACACAAAAAGUGUAAAAAUAAUUCAAAAAACGAUGCCACCAAAAAUAAAAGCAAACGCCAGAAAUUUGAGUACGACACAAAGAAGGAGAAACCCGACUGGAAAAGUUAUUUGAACGGUGUUAGUACAACAAAGGUUCAAGAAGAUGGCCCGUCAACACCUGUGAAUAAAACAUGCAAAGUUCCUUCGACUCCUGACAGUGGUAUUACGUCAGGGGUUUCAACAACAGAAAAACAUUACGAACAGGCACAGAAAGAGCAAAACGAUGCAGAGAGCUCGGACCAUGAGCAGAAAUUAAAAAAUUUAGAAUACUUUAGAAAAAAGGUGGACGUAGCAAGAAGGAGUUAUUGUAAUCGAUCGAAGCCUUUGUCACACACCAUUUCAACUACAACUGAUUCUUCCGAUUAAACUCAUGUUACCUUCAGCUCUUUAAUCUUUUUCCUUUUGUACAUACUGAAUCUGUGAUUCCUUGAAAUAUAUUUUUAUAAUGACUAAGUUUGUUCGCAUAUUAAAUAUUAUGGUUAAUCUUUUUCUAUUUUCUUUUAAAUUUUAUCAUUUUUAUGUUAUCUUUAUAAGAUGUCCCAUACGAUAUUAGAAUCUCUUAUACAGUAUAAGACUGUGGCAGUGAAACAAAUCUUUUUUCACCGUAUUUAAAAAAUGAUUUUAACAACAUACAUAUUUUACAAUUGGUACAAAAAGAAUGUGAAAUUUAUUAUACUCAAAUAUGUAAAAUUAUUAAGGAAACCCACACCGUAAUUAUUUAGGAUUCAAUUUCUUAUUACAAUAUAAACAUGUUCGAAAAUGAUCAUUAAAUCGUAUAUAUAAUCGAAAUUAUAAUACCGUCGAGAAUUAUAGAUAAAUUAAUGCUACAUUAGCUUUAAUAAGCGACUUAGCUAAUGUAUACCGUUGACGUGGUUUGUAAGUGUGAUGAACAAAUAAAACAAUAAAUUAAUAUACA